AUGGACCAGAGGCUCUCGGAGCUGAUCGAAGACCUCACAACUUCCGGAGAGCCCCAGCUGAACCCCGCGAAGAUGAAGGAGCUGAAGAAGAUCUGCAAGUCCUCGGAGGAGCAGCUGACCCGCACCUACCACCUGCUGACGGCCCAGCUGAGGCAGGAGCACGCCGAGGUCCGCCUCUCCGCCUUCCAGAUCGUGGACGAGCUCUUCGCCCGCUCCCACCUGUUCAGGCUGCUGGUCGUGUCCGACUUCCAGGGGUUCCUGGAGCUCACGCUGGGCACCGACCCCCGGCAGCCCCUGCCGCCGCCCCGGGAGGCGGCCCAGAGGCUGAGGCAGGCCGCCGCCCGGGCCGUCCAGGGCUGGAGCGAGAAGUUCGGCGCGGCCUAUAAGAAGCUCGCCUUGGGCUACCACUUCCUGAGACACAGCCGGCAGGUGGAUUUCCAGGAUGUGAAUGCCAGGACUCUGGCGGAGAGAAAGCGGGAGGAGGAGAAGCAGAGGCGUUUGGACAGAAUCUACCGGGAAAGGUCCGAGCAGGCCGUGCGGGAGAUGGAGGAAAUGUGCGGGGACAUCCGGGGCUGCCUCGCGGAGGUGGACAGCUGCUUCCAGCUGCUGGUGCCCUUUGGCCUGGAGCUGUGCCGGGGGGCCGUCUCGCCUGCCACAGCCUCUGGUGCACCCGAAGUGGGCCCCCCCGGCCCAGCCAGCGCCCCAGGCCUGGGGGAUGAGGAGCAGCCCUGCUGCAGCAAGAGCCUGCCUGCCUGUGUGCGCCACCCGGUGGCCGCCACGGGGGCCUCCUCGGAGGACGAGGAGGACACGGGGGACAGCGACCAGGAGGACUUUGUGCGGAGCCACGGGCUGGGCUCCCACAAGUACACGCUGGCCGUGGAGCUACCCUCAGACGGCCUCAGGGUGCAGGAGAACGAGGACAAUUGCGCUGUCAUCCAGUCGGCCCAGGAUGCCCUCAAGCUCAUCCAGAACAAGUUCCUGCCGGCCGUGCGCGCCUGGGUCCAGCUGUUCACCCGCGCAGGGACCCGUGGCCAGCACUUGGAGGCCGCCAUCGACUUGAAGGCUGACCUGGAAUCUGCCCUACGGAGAUCCCAGGAACUGCACAUCGGGCCCGAGGGGCCUCGCAGCAAGCAGCCUUGGGGUGUCCCACAGACAGCGGCCCAGGGGGACGGGGACGAGGACGAGGACGAGGACGAUGGCGACUUCGUGGAGGUGCCGGAGAAGGAGGGGUACGAGGCCUGUGUCCCUGAACACCUGUGGCCUGAGGACGGGCCGGAGAAAGGCCUGGCUGCGCAGGACUUGCUGGCGAGGAAGAGGAGGAGGACGGACGAGGAGGCGAGCGACCCCACCUCUGCUGCCGCCCAGCUCCAUCGGCUCCGGGGCCACGUGCCCCCGGCCCCGAGCCCGAGCCCGAGCCCCAGCGCAUCGCUGGGACCGGAGGAAGCUGGGCGGCUGGCGGCAGAGUGGGCCCGGGCACCCGUGGUGCCCUUCGGCGUGGACCUGUGCAACUGGGGCCGGGAGCAGCCUGCGGCCGGGAAGGUCCUCAAGGUGGAGUCCCAGCACCGCUUCUGGAAGCCCAGCGAGGUGGACGAGGAGGUGGACAGCGCCGAGGUCUCAGAGAUGCUGCGCAGCCGUCACAUCACCUUCGCCGGGAGCUUCGAGCCCGUGCAGCACCGGUGCCGGGCGCCCAGGCCCGACGGCCGGCUCUGUGAGCGCCAGGACCGGCUGAAGUGCCCGUUCCACGGCAGGAUCAUCCCCAGGGACGACGCGGGGCGGCCCCUGCACCCGGAGGACAGGGCCCGGGAGCAGAGGCAGCAGCUGCAGAGGCAGGCCGGGCGCUCAGACUGGCAGGACCACGAGUUGAUGAGAGACGUGGAGGCGGCCACCGGGGUGGACCUCGGCUCGUCCAGGGCCGGCAGGAGGGGCAAAGGCAGGAAGAGGAAGCACCCGGGCCUCACGGACCUGAAGCAGCAGGCGGACACCGCCCGCACACGCAUCGCCAAGAAGGUCUUCGCCAAGGCAGCGGUGCAGAGGGUGGUCACCGCCAUGAACCAGAUGGACCAGAAGAAGCAUGAGAAGUUUGCCAACCAGUUCAACUACGCGCUGAGCUAG